AUGAACGCUUCUCAGACACUUGACUCACAGCUCCUCGAUUUCCUGCUGCUGGAAACAAAUGGCUCCAGCAAGCGCCCAGCCAGCGCCAUGUCCAGCAUCUCUGAACGCAAUGAUCGACAGCGACACUCUGGAGGUGACGGCUCUGAUAAAGAUGAAGGGUGCCUGCUUGUGGGACAGCAACCAUACACCGAGCGUGUAGAGCCCUUGGGCAACUACGAGACGUCGCCGACACCGUUGGUUCCUCAUCUCGGGGCGAAAGGGCAUCGAUCAACUGAUGAUCACGACUCACCGCAACCACGAGAUACUGAGAUAGAAAUCGAAUUGAAUACGGAAGACCUGUCUUGUCAGACAGGCAAGAACUUCAUUGAGUUCGUCUCCACGCCUUAUAGCUCUGCGACAAGCGCCAUUAGAUCGUCCGAACAAGAGCCUGGCAUUACAAAUCCAACUGCGGCUGUUCUGCCAGACGAAGGCAAGCACGAGGAUGCAAGCGGCCCCGAGAUGGCACCUAAGGCACCUACCACUGUCUUACGAAAUGCCGAGACCCGACAGCCGCUUUUGCCCGUUUACCUUUUCCUGUGGUGUCGCUUUCGGGCACAGAAGGAAGAUAUCUGUCCUGCUGAAGUGAUCCAGGACAUACCUGAUCCCGAGCAUUCCGACAUGCAGAAUCCGCUCACCACCAAGUGGCAAAUCCUAGGUCCAAAGCCGAAGCCGUCGGAUCAUUCCUCGGUCAAAGCUCAGGUCAGGCAACAGUUCGAACAGCUCGGCAUUCCAAACGUGCGAGAAUCCGAUGUCCGCAUUCUUCCAAACACUGGACGUGGGACCUAUAUAGUCAUUGCUUUUGACAGCGAAACGAAGUUCAAUCAUGCAAUCCAUUUAGAGUCCAUUUGGCUUGGCGACGUCAAGUGCAAGCUGAUCGCAGGCUUUCCACGAUGGACUGCCGACUACACCAUACUGAAGAGUGACGGCCACUGCUCCAACGUCAAUCACGAGAGCCUAAUGAACAGCAUCUGUGAUGUAGUCAAGAGGGCUGUCGAACCGGUGUUCUUCUUGAUCAAAAUGUCACAGACUCAAACUCUCAACGCCGAUGGUACUGUCACCCUGGGAGAAAGUAAAUUUGCCGGCACUGUAUGGAUCCUCGGGAAGCUUAUUCCAGGAAGAUCGCUGUCGCAGUUGCCUGCCUUUGUCAGUUCGCCAGGAACCCCCGUUGCACCACUCUUCUUUCAUGGAAGGGGCCAUGCCUGCUCUAAAUGCCCUUCAGCAAUACCGCCGCACCGCCCAGCCGACUGUCCCAAGAGAGUGUGCUCUAACUGCCAUCGCAUCGAGGCUCUCGCCCUACAAGCCGUACUUAAAGCUGUAGAGCUUGCCGAUAGCAGGAAGACGGAGGAUUGA